CAGAAAGUGCAGGCAACACGAACAGACUUAUGUGCAGUGACAGACCUGGAGGAGGGAGAUGCAUUUGGAGCGAUGCAAUUUAUAUAACCUAAGCUGUCAAAAAUUUGUGUUCCACAUCAACAAUAUAAUAAUAUACAUUAUAAUUUACAACAUCAUAGAAAAUGUGCUGAUUAUAACAAAGAUGGCAUCCGAGGCCGUCAAAUCUCAAACGAUAUUAGCUUCUUCGGAAGAGACUGGCCAAUCUGUUACAAGUACCUUGCAACAGGAAAGUAAAGAUUUAAACUCAACUAAGCCACAGAAUCAAGCAAAUCGACAAACCAACCUCCUAAAGAUACAACAGCGCAAGCAACAAAUGUACAAUUGCCCACAAAUUAAGAAAUUAUUGAAACUUGCAAAUUAUAGUGCUUGUCAAGCAGAGGAUUGCAAAUGUAAUGGCUGGAAAAAUGCGCAACCGAUUACGAAGUCACAGAAAGGCGAGACACAACAGCCCGUUAUAAAUUUUUUUGAUCCAUGCAAGAUGUGUACUCAUACUUUAGAAAAUCAUAUUAAACAUCUAUCAGUGCAAUCUGAUGAAGAAAUCAAUAGAUUAUUGGGAAUGGCUAUUGAUACAGACAAUAUUUUUAUGUGCAUACAUAAAGAAGUAGAUCCCGAUACUAGGAAAAUAUAUUUUUUUUUAUACAAAACAUUGAGGAAAAGUAUUUUGUCUUUAACAAAACCAACUGAAGAAGCUACAUUGGGACAUCCGCCAUUUGAAAGACCAAGUAUAGCAAAGGCAGUCAUGAAUUUUGUUUUAUAUAAAUUCAGUCAUUUGCCUCCAAGAGAAUGGCAAUUAACGUGCGAUAUGGCGAAAAUGUUUUUGCAUUGUUUGAAUUAUUGGAAUUUUGAAACACCCAGUGUCAGACGAAUAGCGGACGACAUCAAUGCUUAUAGAAUUAACUAUACUCGUUGGCUUGUCUUCUGCCAUGUACCUGCAUUUUGCGAUUCGUUGCCACAUCAUGAUACUGCACUAGUUUUCGGAAAAACUCUGCUACAAGCUGUAUUUAGAUCAAUUUGUAAACAAUUAAUGGAUAGAUUUCAUACUGAAGAAGAAAAAAUGACGACGGAGAGAAGAGCUUUAUUUUUAACACAUUUUCCCAAGUUUCUCUCAUUAUUGGAAAAAGAGAUUUAUUCUAAUCAUUCACCUAUCUGGGAUCCUGAAUUUAAACAAUCGCCACCGUCUCAUCUUCAAUCUGCCUUGGAAUCAAAAGGAAAUCAGACAAGAAAACCGGGAGAAUUUGAAAAAGUUACUGUAACUCCAAAUCAAAAAGACAAUUUUACAACAAUAAAUAUCAGUCCUGGAGUGAAGAAAAUUCAGGAGAAACGUCCUUACACCGAAGUGCGUCUUGAAACAAAGAGGCGAAAGAACGAAGAAGUUUUUGAGGAUCUGCCAGAUGAAACUAUUGCUGAAAUUGUUGCGUCUAUUAAUGACACUAAUUAUAUAUCUGGUUCUGACGCAGUAUUUCCACCAGAUCUUCCACGGGACGAAACUGCUAAAAAUGAAGAAAGUAAAAAGAUAAUAGAAUUUCAUAUAGUUGGAAAUAGCCUUACACGACCAGUAUCUAAACAAACUAUGCUUUGGCUAAUAGGAUUACAAGAUAUAUUUAGCCAUCAAUUACCUGAAACAUUCAAAGAAUAUAUUACUCAACUUGUUUUUGAUCCAAAGCAUAAAACAUUGGCUUUGAUAAAGGACGGUCGACCAAUUGGUGGUAUUUGUUUCUGUAUGUUUCCAAGUCAAGGUUUCACCGAGAUAGUGUUCUGUGCUGUCACAAGUCACGAACAAGUAAAAGGAUAUGGGACGCAUUUGAUGAAUAUGUUGAAAGAUUAUCAUAUCAAGAACAACAUAUUACAUUUUCUCACAUUCGCAGACGAUUUCGCUAUCGGAUAUUUUAAGAAGCAGGGAUUUAGCAAAGACAUAAAACUGCCGAAAUCAGUACAUCAGGGAUACAUUAAAUAUUAUGUAAAAGCGACAUUGAUGCAUUGUGAACUGAAUCCAAAGAUUGUGUAUACCGAAUUCACAGCGGUUAUCAGAAAGCAGAAAGAAAUUUUAAAGAAAUUGAUUCAUCAAAGGCAACAGGAAAUACAAAAAGCGCACCCGGGCUUGACAUGUUUUAAAGAAGGCGUGAAGGUAAUCCCCAUCGAGUCUAUCCCGGGAAUUCAUGAAACUGGAUGGAAAAGUUCCGCUCAAACUAGAACGAGGGCUGUGACAAAAGGAACGCAAGGUCCGGAAUCAAUAGACACAAGCCCAGAAAACUUAUAUAACACAUUAAAUAGUAUUUUGAGCAGUGUGAAGAAACACAAUACAGCAUGGCCUUUCCUGAAACCCGUAGAUAAAAAUGAUGUUCCAGAUUAUUACGAUCAUAUAAUAUAUCCUAUGGAUCUCAAAACCAUGCAAGAUCGUUUGAACGCGGGAUAUUACGUAAUUAAGAGAUUAUUUAUAGCGGACAUGUUACGAAUCUUUAUUAACUGCAGAUUGUACAAUAGUCCCGACACUGAAUAUUACCGAUGUGCCAAUGCCUUGGAGGAAUACUUUCAAACGCGUAUGAAAAAAGCCGGUCUCUGGGAUAAGUAAAAUUUUUUUUAAUAGUGUUGUGAUAUAUAUACAUAAUGAUAAUAUGUUGACAAUUGAAACUUCUUAACUUAUUCUUACUACAAAGUCUACUUGCUAUAUAAAGAAAGUCCAUAUUGAGAAAUGCAUACUGCUUUUUGUG